AUGAGAGAUGGUGAAGGUUACCCCAGAGCUGGGGGCAGUCCCGAAACAGCCGAUUCCAACACAAGGAGACAAGGCAAUGUGAUUGGUAACGGACUUGGAAAUGGUAUAAAUAUCCUCCAGGAGACCCAUUUUCCACACAAGAGACAGCCAAACGACCUCUUAAGCACUCUGACGACCAUUCCUGAUCUAACCAUGAAUGAUACCACGCUGAGCUCCUCUGGUGCUAACGAUAAUAACCUAUCAGUGGGAUCACUUGAUCCGCUCAACUUCGAUGCAGGCUCAGCCAACCUGAGAAUCUUUGACCUCUCGUUGGGGGACAUAGACAGCAAACAGGUGCUCACCUUGAAUGAUGUUCCACAUCCACAUACACUUUCUCGAAAUUACAUGGCCAAAACACUUGAUAUACCCGAUAUUUUGAACAUGUUGAACGACAACGAUGUAUUGGGCAAUGAUGAUUUCAUCAAGUAUGAUAUGAACAUGGACAUGCCGAUUUCCCUCUCACUGGAUCUCAACUCGGAAAAUGAAAUGCAGUCGUCUAAGAACAACCUCAGUUAUAUUUCAAAUCCUUCUGCUCCCCAGUCAAUUGAAUGUUUAUCUUGGGCAAGUUAUUCUAAUUUAGAUACCCCCUGUUCCAAAAUCCUACAGAACUCUGAUAUUCCAAAUAGUGAAUUGAAACGCUCGUUUACAAGAUUGAAACAAACCAGUGAAUUGAUCAAUACGGAGAAAGUCUUUAUUUGUUCUUUGAAGAUAUUGGAGAGGAUGUACUUGAAAAAUUUCAUCUCUAAUAAUGCCACUCCCAUUUAUUUCCAAACGUUUAUGGAAUGUGUCUCAACGUUGUUAAGAAACCAUCAGAAGUUUUAUGACAAUGUCAUCCCUGUAUAUAACAGGUGGUAUCGUGAUUCGUUGCGCUUAUUAGAACUCGAUCCUAAAGAACUUUUCGCAAACUCUCCAAACUUCGAUAAAUAUAAUUAUGUCUCCAAUGAAAGAGAAUACUUGGAGACCAUUAUGAGACAUAUAUCCGGUGAUGCAAUUGAUGUGGACACAUAUUCAGUUUACUGCUCUCUGUUUAGUAAGGUCUUGAAUUUUGCUCGCUCACAUAAUAUUGAGCAAUAUAAGCGGGAUUCAUUGGUGAUUCUCAAUGAUUACUUGGUUGAGCAUGAGAAUCUAAAUGUUGACUACUUCAUUGACAAACAUCUCGAUACGAGGUUCAUAUCAGUUAUUCAGAUGCCAACAACAAGAAUGAUUCGAUAUAAGUUGAUUACACAAUCACUUUUGAAAAAUAUACACAUGGACGAAAAGGACAAAUUGCAAAUAAAGUUUUACGGGAAAAUACUAGCAAAAAUUAACGUAAAGAUCGACAGUAUCAAUAGCUUUGUGGGAAAUGAAGAAGCAAAGUUUGAAAAACUUGAUGAGUUCAAGUCUUUAUGUCUGCAAAAUUCCAAUACCAAUAAGAAUAUUAUACCAAACAGUUUAUUUUUCGAGAAUUUAGAAGACUUGCAGCUUGCAAGUGCUUUUGGAAUUGUUUCUCCAUCAAAUACUAGAAGUAGAAUUACCAGUGAAUACUUGUGCGGUGUAUUGUUCAAAAAUCACUUAAUAUUGGCUAAACCUUCAUCUCUGCAUUCAAAUUCCUUAGACAUCAAAUUUAUAAUACCGUUGAUGUCUAUUAUCGAUAUUGGUGGUCCUACAUAUUCCCUAGUAUCGAGGUAUUCGGAAGUGGCAAAUAUUAUAUUUGAAGAUAAUUUUAAGAUUUAUGAGAUGUCGUUUAUUUUCCCUGAUGAGAAGGAAAAAUUAAUGUGGCUUGCCAAACUGAGAAUCAAUCUGGAGAAAUUGACACCAAUGUUUAGUAAUUACAAAAAUCUGGAUUUCAAUUUUGUGUAUUCGGAUAUUCAAAGAUCCGCAUCAUCUUUCGGAUUAAGUAAUGGAUUUGACCAAACAAUUGUUUCUUCUUACCUGCCUUCGAGUAUCAAGCCAAUAAAAAAAUUAAACAAGGGGGAGAAAUCUGUUGAUUCUGAUGAGAUGAUAGUGUUUGAUGUUGAGCACUUCAUUCCCAACUCCCAGUUAGAUUCUGGGAAACGGGAGGUGGCAACAACAACGAUAACUUCGCCAAGUACUACGACUAGAGGAUCCAUCACUUCAUUUUUAGAGCCACCACAUAUUGAAGAUAUUGAAAAUGUCAAAGUUAAAACGAAAUCGUUCAGCAAUACGUUGUCAAAUUCAACACUCACAAAGUAUCCAGCAAUAAAAAUCACCUUACAAGAGAGAGUGGCUGCUCAAACUUGUAUUUCCAACAUAUGGUCCAAUCAGUUUGACAGGUACACUUUAAGUAUUUCAAUAACUCGAUCGCUUUCGAGUUUAUUCCAUUCUAAGCGGACGUUUUUCUCUGCAGCAAAUACACCAAGUACGCCAAAUGCCAAUCAAUUUAUACCACCAUCACCAUCGUUUGCUAAUAAGGGGGAUCUCAGCAAUGCGAGUAAUUCAAAUUACCACAGUACAGGAUCAUCAUUGUCGCAUAAAAAUGGUAUUUUGGGAUCACCAAUUAAACUGAGACAUUCUUAUUCAAUGCGAAGUCUAAAGGAUAAAGUCACUUUAACCAAUGACCCAAUAGAGACCGAUACCGUUACCCCGAAAACCACAUACUUGAGGAUACCCGUUGAUACCUCUCCAGAGAACCUCCAUUCUCCAUAUUCCAAGUCUUCAUUCAGCAAGAGUUUACGGACUUCUGCUAGUUUGAAGAGUUUAUCGAGUUUUGUCAAGAAUUCCGGCUCUGCCGCCAAAGUUGGAGAAGAAAACAGGCAACCGUGUAGCCCUGGAACACCUCAUAGGUCGAGCAGCUCCAUCAGCAGCAAGGAGAAGUCUCCAAGGUGCCAUACUGGAGACGACCAUGGUUCGACGCAUCGACUAGCUGGCAUGACAAAACUAUGGAGAUCGCUCAAAGUUCCCAACAAAAGGUCCUGA